CACAUGGCAAAAAAAAAAAAAAAAAGAGGGACGGCUUUCAAGAUAUGGAUCUUUGAGAAAUUCAACAGCUAAUAGACAUCACACCAGAGCAAUUAACAGAAGAUGACUGGACAGAGAUAAGUUCUUGCAAAGCAGUGCCAGACAGGGCGGAGGAGGACGUAGAAGAAGCCCUGCCGGGAAGCCAGCUGGCAUCAGACAGUCUGUCAGAAUGGCUCCAACUAUCCUAGACUCCUUUUGACUUCUAUGACAUGGACCCUGCUAUGAACCAAAGCAAACAGCAAAAGGAUUGGCGUCUGUAGAGAAGUUGUGGGGAGAGAGCAAAUUAGCCAAGAUGGCAUAUUCAGGCUGUUCCGCCUUACGUUUUGUAAAUAAUGAUUAUGUAACAGCUAAGAUCACGCAUCUUAACCGCUGAGAGAGCACUGCGCAUGUGCCCACGAGGUACGCACUAGGCCACGGCUUUUGCGGGCAGUAUGGAGAUAUGCGUUCCACUUCAGAAAGCGGUGACAUUACUGCAGGGUCAGGGCUGUGUCCGCUGGGCCAGCCCCGAGAGGAGAGAGUGCAGGAUGUCUACUGCCAUGGCUGCUGCGUCAGCCGGGAGAGGAUACCGCCAUGGCUGCUGCGUCAGUCACGAGAGGAUACCGCCAUGGCUGCUGCGUCAGCCGGGAGAGGAUACCGCCAUGGCUGCUGCGUCAGCCGGGAGAGGAUACCGCCAUGGCUGCUGCGUCAGCCGGGAGAGGAUACCGCCAUGGCUGCUGCGUCAGCCGGGAGAGGAUACCGCCAUGGCUGCUGCGUCAGCCGGGAGAAGAUACCGCCAUGGCUGCUGCGUCAGUCACGAGAGGAUACCGCCAUGGCUGCUGCGUCAGCCGGGAGAGGAUACCGCCAUGGCUGCUGCGUCAGUCACGAGAGGAUACCGCCAUGGCUGCUGCGUCAGUCGGGAGAGGAUACCGCCAUGGCUGCUGCGUCAGCCGGGAGAGGAUACCGCCAUGGCUGCUGCGUCAGUCGGGAGAGGAUACCGCCAUGGCUGCUGCGUCAGCCGGGAGAGGAUACCGCCAUGGCUGCUGCGUCAGCCGGGAGAGGAUACCGCCAUGGCUGCUGCGUCAGCCGGGAGAGGAUACCGCCAUGGCUGCUGCGUCAGCCGGGAGAGGAUACCGCCAUGGCUGCUGCGUCAGCCGGGAGAGGAUACCGCCAUGGCUGCUGCGUCAGCCGGGAGAGGAUACCGCCAUGGCUGCUGCGUCAGCCGGGAGAGGAUACCGCCAUGGCUGCUGCGUCAGUCAGGAGAGAGGUUGUGUGUGGCUGUGCUGUGUUGUGCUAUGUCUGCUACCUCAGCUUUUGUGCCAGCCAGAAGAGAAUAAACGUGUCCGCAGUUCUUACAGCUCUUCGAGUUUCCUUCCAGCCUCUUAACUCGCCCCUUGCCCACCCUGGGUUCAGUGAACAGUAGGCACAGCAAGACAAGUGGUGUCACAAACAGGAUGAACAGUAAUGCAAAAAUAUAUUUAGAGAAAUGACAAAAUCAAAAAAUCAGACAUAUUACAAUGUAUUUCUGCAAAGUUAUAUCUACAUCCCCUUCUACAUCCUCUGCCACCCCUGAGACAGCAAGACCAACACCUCUUUUUCCUCCUCCUCCUCAGCUUACUCGAGAUGAAGAGGACGACGACCUUUACGGUGAUCCACUACCAUUUACUGAUUAGUAAAUAAUCUUCAUGCCUCUUUUGUGUGUGUGAGUACAGCAAGAACUGUAAGAGACAUUUCUGUCAUCCUUAUCAUCAUGUAGAACAUCUAAGUAUCACGUAGAACAUCAUGUGCAAGAGGUAGUAAAGUGUAUAGCCUACCCUUACAUAAGCAUAAGAUCAGUUCUGAGAGCAAGUUCAGGCUGGUAACUGAAGCAAGAAGAGCAUGUUGGUGACUCAGUCAUUCAGCUGAUAAAGCACUUGGCUGGACACCCGAAACCACAGUAAUACUCUGACCAUUAUAAGUUCUGGUUUUAGUCUUAGAUGUAAGUUAAUAGACACCAUUGUUUCAUAGGAAGCAGAAGGAACACUGUGUUAAACUAUAGCUUAAUGAGGAGGAACAUGAAGAUAAUUUUGCAAAUCUGUUUCAGGAUGCUACUCAGUAACUUCAGAAGUUUGCAUUAUCUACUUUAAAAGUUUAUGUGGCACACUAAGAUGUCUCUAAGUCUAAUAAAAACAUCAUUAAAAUGAGAAAAUAACUGGUCCUAUUUGAUACUUCAUUUAUUAGGAAUAAAUAGUAUCCAAACUAAAGCUACAGCUUUGGAGUAAAAUGCUCUAUAAAUGGAAACCUAAAUGUCUAAUAUGUUUAUUCAUUUAGAAUAAAGGCACAAAAGUAUUGUUAUUAAAAAAUUGAAUAUAUGAAGUGCAAAUUGAGACCGUUCCAAAAUCAGGUUAUGAAAGCAGAAAUUUUUAAAAUAUUAUUGACAUCAUAAACAUUUAGUUGCACUUAAAUCUAUAGCUUAAAAUGCACCUAUCAUCAAAAAACAUUUUAAUUGGUGCAGUUAUUCCAACUUAUUUUAAAGUAAGAAUGUAUUAUGUGUUAGAUAUAAAAACAACCCUAAGUAUCUCUAGAGAUGUAGUGAUUAUUGUUAAAGUUCAUUUAAAGUAAUAUCUUCAUGCUCCUAAAAUGCAAUACAGUACAAUACCAUAAAAAGAUUAUAUUAGGCAGCAGCUUUGGCUGUCUCUACGAAUGCUUUUCUUGUGGAUAUGUACAUAGUGCCGAGCUAAGAGUUUUGGUGGUAAUUCCGAAGAUAGGAAAGAAAGGGGCAGAUAGACUCAUCAUAAUCUUGGGCUUUUUGUUUGUUUGCUCUUUUUCUCCAUUCACGUGUGCUGCCUCAGGCUCCUUGCAUCAAGAGUAACGGAUUUGAAGUCCUCUUCCCCAACUAAUCUGUCACUUCUUUUCUCCUUAGAGUUAAUCAAGUAUCUUUCACUUCAUUGUUUUUUUUCUUUGUUCUGUAACUUUUUCUACAUCUUCUCCUCUAACUCUAUUUUUUAGCUUGAUUAAAACUGUGAUAGUUUUUCCCUGCCCUCAUGUAGAUGAUCUUUUUAAGGAUUCUUAUCAGAAAGAGAUCCCUUCAUUGACUUCUUAGAACAUGAAAAGGAAAGAUUUGUUUCUCGUUUGAACCUGACCAUUUUCAUGGAUGAUCUAUGCCAGAAACAGUGUCAUUUUUCAGAUCACCUUAUUGAUAAUCAGAGUUUAAACAGCAGAUACCUGGAUUUGGGUUUGUCCUUUCAUUCCUAAAUCCUUUAAGAAGUGUACUCCACUCUUUCUGCCCCUAGUUAGUCAAAAUUCAAUUUCUUUGCUUCUUAUCUUCCAAUAGGACAGAUCACUUUAGAUAUCCAUAGAUAGCUGGAAUCUUUCUCUUUAUAUUUGCAAAUACUUGAAAAGCUGUAGUAAUUUGAUAUAUAAUCUAAAGGAAUAGGAAUCAGAGAGGAGUGACCUAGAGAGAGAGAGAUAAUCCAAAAGUAAUGUCUACUUGAUUUUGUUGUGCCUUCUUUGCUUUGGAAAACUUACUUUUUAAACAUAUCUGCUUAGAAUCUUGGCAAAGUAGCGUGUUUAUUCACCUAAGAACACUAUGCCAGGUAACAUAAGGAGUGAUAAGGAAAAGGCUUCCUAGUGCUUAGGUGGGUGGUAAAAGUUUUACAGUGAUCAAUACCAGAAAUUGAUACUUCCACUGAGUCAUUUAUAGGUAGCCACAGAAAGCUUUGAAUUACCUGAUAGGAAAAAAGUCAACUCAUCUGCAUUAUGCUCAUCUUAUACUUUUCCAAAAACUAAACUAAAAAUCUGUUUUUCUUUUCUUUAUUUAUUUAUCUAAUUGGAGGAUAACUACUUUACAAUAUUGUGAUGGUUUUUUGCCAUGCAUCAGUGUGACUCGGCCAUAGGUAUACAUACCCCCUUCACCCCGAAUCCCCCUCCCACCACCCUCCCUGGCCUCCAGGUUGUCACAGAGCACUAGCUUUGAGUGUCCUGCUUCAUGCAUCUAACUCACACUGGUUAUCUAUUUUACAUGUGGUCUUGUAUACGUUUCGAUACAAUUCUCUCAAAUCUUCCCACCCUCUCCUUCUUCCACCGAGUGCAAAAGUCUGUUCUUUACAUCUGUGUCUCCUUUGCUGCCCUGUAUGUGGAAUCACUGGCACCAUCUUUCUAAAUUCCAUGUAUAUAUGUUAAUAUAUUAUAUUUGUCAUUCUCCUUCUGAUUUACCUCACUCUAUAGGUAAUAAUAGGCUCUAUUAGGUUAUAGGUUAUAAUAUAGGUUAUAAUAGGCUCUAGGUUCAUCCACCUCAUUAUAACUGACUCAAAUGCAUUCCUUUUCAUAGAUGAGUAAUUUUCCAUUGCAUAUAUGUGCUACAACUUCCUUAUCCAAUCAUCUGCCAAUGGACAUCUAGGUUGCUUCCUUGUCCUCAGUUCAGUUCAGUCACCCAGUCGUGUCCGACUCUUUGU